UGAUCCGAUCGAUCUCGGAUUCGGAUCGAGUGUGCACUCCCGCUGCAAGCUGUGACAUGUCUGUGGGUGUGAGCUGUGACAGGGGUCGACCACAAUCGAUCGAUCGUCGACUUGAGCCAGAAUUUAUUGUGUGACGAUCCGGCCCUGAACAUCACAACUCUCCAGAAUAACCAAGACCAGAUAUAGAAGAACGUACUGAACAUAAUCAGGCGGAAGACGAAUCAAGGGCGAUCUCAAGCAACCGUCGAAGAGCUGAAGACCACUCGAAGCAAAAAAAUAAUAAUGAGCCUGCGAUCGUUCCUUCCGACCCGACUGGUACUCAAUCCGGGCUGCAAGAGCAUUCAAUGUCUCAGACGACAAGGGCCAAGUGAAUGGACAACGAAGAGAUCAAUCCAGUCAACUAGCCAGACACGGGCGACGGUCGUAUCAGAGCCAGAGGGAGAGCGGACGACUGAGAUGCAGAGGGUCAAGAAAGAUUCGAACCAAACUGCCGGACUCUUCUCGAUUCGACCCGGACAGCUCUACAGAUCCAGACUGGCCGAGCACUACCACAACCAGAUGGCCUCCGACCUGCUCUACAUGACAUACGAGCUUCCAGCCGGAUACGCCCUCGACGGCUCGACACCCCAUCGGGCAGACGGACGUGCACUCACCCAACAUCCCGACCCGAUCUCCAAACUACCUCAAUGGGACCCCGAAGACCCUUACACCCGCAACCGUCCACCCCGGCCACCCAAGGGCGGCUCAGGUUCCCUUCCCAGACGCCCGCCAUCCGACUCCUCCCCUGAGAACCUAGUCAGACUCAAGAAAAUUUCUAUCGACAUCCAUGUCCCCGAGGCAAUCCAUACCAAGAAGGAACUCCUGGGAGCAAUCUAUCUGCUCCAGUUAAUCUCCGGCCAGCCUGACCGGGCCGCUCUCUCCACCGAUCAACUCUCGAAACUGUUCCGAUCAGAAGGCAUCCAGAUCAGUCGGACCAAGGACAAGUCGACGACUUUCAAGGUCCGGACGGGAAUGGUCUGCGGGGCUCAUCUGGAGAUCCGGGGCCCGAAGAUGUUCGACUUCCUCGACAUCCUCUCCACCUUCGUCCUCCCUCGGCUCAAAGACUUCAACGGCUUCGCCCUCCCUCCCGUCGAUGCCCAUCGGCGUCAUGCCGCCAUGGUCAGCGGCGUCGUCCAGAUAGGCCUUCCCGAUCAUGCCAUGGGGCUAUGGCCUGCCGUCGAAGAGAGUCUCGAAAAUUGGCCCAGGAAGUAUGGAAUGAAUAUCCAUUUCCUGACCAAUGCCACAGGGCCUGGUGCAUCCGACAAAGCACGAGCUCUAAUUAGCGGAUUUAGAGUGCCAUUUGUAAGACCGCAAGAUGCAAAACUUGAAAGAUAGAUCAUGAUACCCUCUCCAGCAAAAUUCAUUUUUCACUUCCCAUCUUUCUUGACGGUUUUCAGAAGCAUAUUUUAAAUAUAUCAAUCAAUUUCAUAAGAGUCAAAAUAAGACACAAAAGUCCUGCUACAGUUCAGCAUAUGGUGAUAUUUGUUUUGUGAUUCCGACAUGAAGGGCAGGAGGUCUAGAGAUCUCAGGAGACUGGCACCAGUUGACAUUCAGAAACUAUGUUGAAACUUGUGUUGUCCACA